CGCCGGGCUGGCUGCCGGUAUAAAAGCGGAGCAGCAGCAGCUGACCUCCAAACACAAUGUCCACCACCGACAUGAGCAUGGGCAAGAUCAUCUUCUACGAGGAGAGGAACUUCCAGGGCCGCUCCUACGAGUGCAUGAGCGACUGCUCCGACAUGUCCUCCAGCCUGAGCCGCUGCCAGUCCUGCCGGGUGGAGAGCGGCUGCUUCAUGGUCUACGAGCGCCCCAACUUCAUGGGCAACCAGUUGUUCAUGAAGAGGGGCGAGUACUCCGACUCCAUGAGCAUGAUGGGCAUCAGCAGCGGCAUCAAGUCCUGCCGCGUGAUCCCCAUGCACAGAGGCCAGUUCCGGAUGAAGAUCUUCGAGCGGGAGAACAUGAGCGGCCAGUCCAACGAGCUGCAGGAGGACUGCGACAACAUCCAGGAGCGCUUCCGCAUGAGCGACUGCAUGUCCUGCCAGGUGAUGGAGGGCCACUGGCUGCUCUUCCAGCAGCCCCACUUCCGGGGCAAGAUGAUGUACGUGAGGCCCGGCGAGCACCGCAGCUUCAAGGACAUGGGCAUGAGCGGCAUCAGCUUCAUGAGCAUGAGGCGCAUCAUAGACACAUGCUAGAUGUUCCCACAAUAAACAUCCAUUAUACUCA